AUGCUGUCCAGAGCUGUGAGACCGGCCCUCGCAGCCGGCAACGCCGUCCUUGCAAAGACGGCUCCCCCCCAAGUCGCCGGGUAUGCUACACUACGGGAAAUCGAGAGUCGCCUCAAGUCCAUCCGAAACAUUGAAAAGAUCACAAAGACCAUGAAAAUCGUUGCCUCCACCAAGCUCACUCGUGCGCAAAAGGCCAUGUCCGAUUCCAGAACCUACGGCCAAACGUCAAACAAGGUCUUUGAAGAGGCGGAGACAAAGCCGUUGGAAGAGAAAAAGACACUCUUGGUUGUUGCCAGCUCCGACAAGGGCCUUUGUGGUGGUAUCCAUUCCGGACUGUCGCGCACCACUCGUCGAAUGCUCGAACAGGAUCCAAAUCUCGACAUCGCAAUUAUCGGUGAGAAGUGCAAGGCCCAGAUUGGUCGUUCCAACCCUAGAAAUGUCCUCCUGAGCUUUGCCGGCGUGGGCAGAGACGUCCCUACCUUCGCAGAUGCCCAAGCCAUUGCCGACCAACUCGUCUUGCUCCCCGAAGAAUACGCAAGCAUUAAGAUCCUCUACAACAAGUUCAUCAAUGCCCAGAGCUAUGAACCUGUCACCGUUGAGGCAUAUUCCGAGGAGGCUAUCACGCAGUCUCCAAAUUUCGCCGCCUUUGAGAUCGAUGACGAAGUCCUCGCCAACCUCCGAGAAUAUUCCCUGGCCAACUCUCUCUACUGGGCUCUUGCCGAAGGACAUGCCUGCGAGCAAUCCGCCAGGCGGAAUGCCAUGGAUAACGCAUCCAAGAACGCCGGAGACAUGAUCGGCAAGUUUACUAUCCUGUACAACAGAACCCGACAAGCUGUCAUUACCGGAGAAUUGGUCGAAAUUAUCACUGGUGCCACUGCCUCAGAAGACAUGUAG